UAUAAGGCUGAAACAAGGUAGUACCAAAUAAGUACUUCCAAAUAACAUCGUACUAUCCGUUUCCUUCAGUCCAAAUCCCUGUUUAGUUUAAGUUUCUUGUUUGAUUUGACUAUGGCAUUCGAGUAGAAUGUGAUUCAGUGUGCGGUAACGAAAGAAAUAAGAGAGUUAUUGUAUUUGAAUUUGGCAGUAUAUUUACGAACGUACAAGCGCCGAUUAAAAUAGUUCCUUUGUGACAGCUAGGUCAAGGACGUUUAUCAUUAUUUUCAUGAUUACAUUGAAUUCCCGGUAAAUGGACAAGGAAAAUUGCUUCUUGUUCGUGUCAUUUGUUAAUAGACGUAACGCAUUUUCGAUAGUGUCGAUAUUCGAUGUAAAAUGAUGCCUGGAUAAAAAGCACGUGGAUCCGCGUAGUAAGACAACUUUGGUAUUGUGUACGUGCCAAAGUUGUUGGAAACAAGGUUGUCAGUCUCAGCUGCGCAUCGCGCUUAACAACACAUCGUGUAAUUAGAAUUGGUUUAAAAAAGCCGAAUUGCGAGAGUUUUAGCAAGAAUUUCAGAUCAUUUUACUCUAAAGAAAUUUCUAUAACAAAGCUCUUAAUCCAAAUAUGCAAUUGUUAUUGGGAUAUGUACUGAAUCUACUAACACAAACUGUUGUAUUUAAUAAAGUUAGAAGGCUAACAUAGACCUUAUCAAUUUCAAUUACCAAUUUGUAAUUAUCUGAAAUACAUGUUCGAACGCUACUAGCUGUGACAAGGAUAUCCUUAUUCCUUAAAAGGAGCCACAUGGGUUAUCGAAAGCAAGUAAAGAAAUUAAAAUAUCCUGUCAGUAUAAAAGUAAAAGGUUCCUUCCUUUCCUUGUGGCUGACUCCUCCAAUGAGGAGAUGUGCCAGAAAAGGAAAAGGUUAGGAUUACAUUAUUAGCAUCAUGGUAACAGAACUAACCUAGCUCACUCGAUCAACCAUGAUCUAUCUCAGUAGAGUGGGACAUGUAUGGUAUGCGCAUGCGCAUGAGAUAACAGAGAGAGUGCCGAAGCGCCCUCAUCGUACAGUGAGAAUUUCCGGAAAUGAAAGCCGCAACAGGACAAAGCCCGUAGCCUCCCUUGUAAUGCCGCAGGGCCGGUGGCGCUCGGCAAGACGGUAUUUCCUCGCGUACAUCACAGAACGUAGUGGAGAGUGUACAGGAGCAUUAUGGACGCCUUUUCGUGAACAGUGUUCGGGACGGAUAGGAGAGAGAGGAAAAAAAAGUCAGUGUCGACGAUAGUAAUGUCGAGCGCGGGUUGGUCGAGAACGUGCAUGAGAUGGACGCUACGAGGAGCACUUCCGCUCGCUAAUUAAACGCGACUCCUUGUUCCUCACGGCAGUCCUUGCCGUCCUCGCACACUGACGCUUACUAUAGUGUUGUACGGCGCGAGCGUACUUUAAAUAAUGAACGUGAUUGUCGCUCGCUGAUACACCUGAAAAUUUCCCAAGUACAGUAUCGCGGGAGCACGCGAAAUACUUUGUAUAGAAACCGACUCGACGGACUCACGGACGUCGCCAGCACCUGCGGUGCACGUUCCGAUGCAUUGUUGUGAUUUAUAGAAAAAACUGUCUACAAAGUCUACUUUAAAGGAAUAUUGUAUUUACUAUCAUUGACGAUAAAGAAAAUCUGUGAUAUAGUGUACAGUAUACGUAAGCUAUUCGUCACAUGAUGAAAGUACAUUAUACGAUACGCCAUCAAAGACUUAUUAAAUACUGUAAAGGUUCUUGAAAUGUUUUUGAAAAAUGCAACACUGAUAAGACAUAACUCAUAUCGCGAUUAGAAUUCAUUUAGUACAUGAUACAGCAUUUAAUAAAUAAAUUAAAGAGUGGUUCUGUAUGUAUCUCUGUAGUUAUAUGUCUGUGAUCAUUUUGAAGGUGAUGGUGACCAGUAACUCUGUUGGCUUUGUGAAAAGUUUCUGUGCAUCAGCUCUUUUUGAUAAGUUAUAACACUUGGAAAUCAUAGAGAUGUGUUAAGCUAUCAGUCACCCUUUAUUUUUGUGCUUCUGCAACCAGCAGAUACCCCUUACAUUUGUACAAUUUUCAAAGAAACCUUUGGUAAUGAUAAUUGUCCAAAAUGUCAAAUGGAAUUUACUAUUGUGCAACAGGCUUCCAAAGGCCACCUUUGGUUUGAACUGGUGUUGUUACGAUAAUUGUGGUAAGGGUACGGUGGUGCUUGUGAUACUGGUAAAGGCAAAGACAGCAACAGUGGUGGUGGUGACAAUGACAAUGUUGAUGGUGAUCAUUGUGGUGACGUUUGAGUCAAAUGAUGACUGAAUGACAACAAGAGCAACAGAUGUUCUGAGUCUCCACAAGAUGGAUAACAAGAAAACCCUAUGCUCUGCGAAUUGAUGGGUAUAUGCUUUUCCUGCAGGAGACCCACAAGCAGUAGACUGAACAAUAAGAUCUCGGAGCACAUAUCGGCAUCGGUAACACCUCUCCAUGUUUGUCUGGAAGAACAAAGAGGACCAGAACUGGGCUCGUGUGACGCCACGGCUCGCAAGUCACAGUUUAAAGGCGCCCAAGAUUAUAAGGGGCAAGACGAGAGAGAGAAAGCAUCGGUAUCACCGAUAGACGGAGAAUUGAGAGUCGAAUUGAAGCAGCAGAGGAUGGCCAACACAAUUUCAAAUAUGAAGGUGACCAACCCCAUAAAGGGGCUAGUAAGCAAACGCCGUAAACGGUUCACCGAAGACGGUUUCGACCUUGAUCUCACGUAUAUAAGAGAUAAUUUAAUAGCAAUGGGUUUUCCUGCAGAGAAAUUAGAAGGAGUGUAUAGAAAUCAUAUUGACGACGUGGUAAAAUUAUUGGAAUCCAAGCACAAGGACCACUAUAAAAUUUAUAACCUCUGUUCUGAGAGGACGUACGACUGCAAGAAGUUCAAGCAACGGGUAGCCACAUACGCGUUCGACGAUCACAACCCACCGUUGUUGGAGCAGAUCAAACCCUUCUGCGAGGACGUUCAUACGUGGCUCAUGGAGCACAGAGACAAUAUCGCUGUCGUUCAUUGUAAAGCAGGCAAAGGCCGAACGGGCGUGAUGGUUUGCUGCUAUCUUCUACACAGUAAACAAUUUCUCACAGCUACGGAGGCCCUCAAUUAUUAUGGAACCAAACGGACGCACGAUAGGAAAGGCGUGACGAUACCUUCACAACGGAGGUACGUCGGUUAUUAUGCUUCUCUAGUUCAAGAGGGGCUUAACUACCAACCGGUCACACUGAUCUUGCGUCAAAUAAAAUUGGAUCCAGUACCCAUUUUUAAUGGUGGCCAAGGCUACCUGCAUUUUAUGAUAUCCGAGUCCAACAAGAGGAUAUACAGUUCGGACGUGUACGAGGUACGGAAAGGAAUGCAUUCUAUCACUAUUCCUCUAGAACGCAGUAUCACCAUCACCGGUGACAUUCGGGUGGACUUCUUCAAUAGGCCAAAAAUGAAGAGAAAAGAUAAGCUGUUCCAUUUCUGGUUCAACACAUUCUUCGUUCGCGACCACUUGACAUCCGAAUACGACAAUGGUGACGUGCCCGUGGAAAGGUCAACAAGGGCGUUAAGCUGCGACGGCACGGCUAUGGAACUACCGAUGGUAGCAACCAAUGCCAAAGCAAGAACGGGUUCCUUAGCAAGUCUCGGACCUAUGCCACCUACCCUCGUCUUGAGUAUAGACAAGUGGGGCUUGGAUGACGCACAUAAGGAUAAACAUCACAAGCUCUACAGUGCCGACUUUAAGGUUAGUUUAUUCAUGCACCACGUGGGUGGCAGUAUCUCGCCGGCAGUGCCGGCGACUGUUACGAGGACUAGUGAAGGUGUACAAAUAGGUGGAAUGGUGGGCGGUCAAGAGACGCCAAGUGAGUCCAGCGAAGCCGAUAGCAGCGAAAGCGACACGACAGUAGCCACACACAUGCCAAUACCCACCAUCGAGUUAGCCUCAGGGAAACUGCCAAAGGGUUUCUGUCGCGCGGGGAUAAGGGUAGGAAUAGUCACAGGGAGAGCACGACGACCGUCAAGCGUUCCUCGACGUUCGUACGCACGAGCACCCUCGAUACAUAACCAUCAAUUUCACAUUGCGGUACUUAAUAGCGUCGUAUUUCAUCGAUCAGGAUUUACAGUUGGAUCUUCUCAUCGAGUCCUGUACAGUCUAUUAACGUAGGGGGACACCCUCUGUAUUGUCAUUUCGCAAAUACAAAAAUCAACGUCUCAAGGAUCGUCCCGCGGGGACGCUCCGAUUAAUAUAUUAUUAAUAAAUAGCGCGUUACGUUUUAUCGCGAUGAUUAACGUUACGUUGCAAAUUAUUAUUAUUAUUCUUUGUUUUUUGUUAUCGAUCUGACAAGGAACGUCUUAUCUCCUUUGGUUUAAUCGAAGGAUACCCUUUUUCUCUUCUUCUUCUCUUACUGUUGGUGUUUUUUUUUUCUUUUUCUUUUUUUUAAUUUUACUUUUUCAUCUUCUCCCACCUCUCCGCACUCUCUUUCUCCGAGAUCGUCUCACGAGACGUCCGGGCACCUUAGAAUUUUUCGAUAUUCAAUUAUUGGAGGGACUACGGAAUCCCAUAAAGGGACGCCAGACACGUAGUUCGCUGAUGUUAAUUAAGUUAGUUACGAAUACUUGUUUUUAUACUGUCCCACGUCUCGUGUCUCGUCGAAGCAGAAAAUUUAAAAGUCACUCGCGUAUUUAUCACUUUUGAUCCAAAAAGGAAUGACGCAACGCGAUAUAUGUCGUAAAAGCCCAGAUCUCUUUUCUUCCUCUGCCCGACUUCUUGAUGUCUUCUCUCUCUCUCUCUCUCUCUCUUUUUUUUUUCGUAGUUUUUAGUCUCGUCCCUAAAUCACGGUCGUCGUGUCACGUAGAUAGCCUAAUUAUAAUAUCAUCGCCCGCUGUUCCUGGCGACAUAUUGUAUUAUAUUAAACGAUUCGCGCGAAUUGUACAAAAUAUCCAUAAACGAUAAUCGCGAUUGCAAAUAUUAUCAAGGGAAUCGGAUUGCUCUAACGAGAUAAACCGACUGACGGUAAUGCAAACGAGAAAUAUACAUAUAUAUUUAAUUUUUGUAAGCGUUCGCGGGAGUUCGCAAGGGAAAAAAAAAACAAUAUUGGAUUUAUAAUAACAUUGUAGAUUGGGGGCGCAAAGGUUGUAUCACAGGGCGACAAAAUUUCGCAAGGACAAACAACAACAUAGUUGUGCAUUGAUCUCUCGAAAAGCGUGCCUCGAUAUGUCAUUGUACGAGAGUUCGUCUUUUUUUGUCUUUUUUUUUUGUCGAAUCCCUUAAUUUUAUCGGGUCCGCCUUUUUUUUUAUUACUAUUAUGUUCGCAAUACCGUCACACGCACGUGCGUUUACAAUUAUCCUUAAUUACUCACUCUGGGGACCUUGAUCGCGGAAAUAUCAGCAGCGCACGUAAAAAAAAAAAAAAAAGAACUCUGUAAUUCACGAUAAUCGUACAAUCACGUAGUUACAAGCUAGGAAGUAAUUUCCUGUUUAGGCUCCCGGUGUAACACAUAAAUCAUAGUAACGUAACGUAAGUAACGUAAACGCCACUAACGUAUCCCGCACGCAGUAUACGAAAAGUAGGAAUUCGCCGGAAGUCGUGUUUUCCCAUUGAAUUCCGUAUUUAAAAAAAAAAAA